CCGGGCUCCGCGCGCCCGCCCCGCCUCGCGGCCCGAUGCGUCGGAGCUAGAGCCCAUCGCCCCCGCGCCGCCGGCCCGGCCCGGCCCUGCCCGGCCCAGCCUAACCCAGCCCAGCCCAGCCCAGCUCGGGGCGGCGGGCGGAUGCGACUGCGGAGCGCCGCGCCCGUCCGCGCGCAGCGGGGGAGCACGGCCAUGCUCGCGGCUCGGGGGCGGCCCUGCUAGUAGCUCGGUCCCGCCCGUCGGUGCAGCCUCCCGCCCCGCCCCGCCUGCGCCGCCCGGCGCCUCGGGCCUCGUUGCGGGAGCGGGAGCGGGUCCCGCGCGGCCGCCCAUGGGGGGCAAGCAGAGCAGCACGGCCCGCUCACGGGGCCCCUUCCCCGGGGUGUCCAGCGACGACAGCGCCGUGCCUGCGCCGGGCGGCGCCCCCACCUUCGGCCACUACCGCGCCGGCGGUGCCAUGGGGCUGCGCAGCCGCUCCGUCAGCUCGGUGGCCGGCAUGGGCAUAGGCAUGGGCAUGGACCCCGCCGCCGCCGCCGCCGUCCCCUUCGGCCUGUACGCGGCGGCGGCGCGGGCCGCUGGCGACCCCGAGCGGGCCCCGGGCGGCGGCGGCGCGGGCGCGGACUCCACCUACGCCCCUGGCAACGGUUACCAGGAGACGGGCGGCGGUCACCAUAGAGACGGGAUGCUGUACCUGGGCUCCCGGGCCUCGCUGGCGGACGCGCUGCCCCUGCACAUCACGCCCCGGUGGUUCAGCUCCCACAGCGGUUUCAAGUGCCCAAUUUGCUCCAAAUCUGUAGCUUCCGACGAGAUGGAAAUGCACUUUAUCAUGUGUCUGAGCAAACCCCGCCUCUCCUACAAUGAUGACGUGCUGACUAAAGAUGCGGGUGAAUGCGUGAUCUGCCUGGAGGAGCUUCUGCAGGGGGACACGAUAGCCAGGCUGCCCUGCCUGUGCAUCUAUCACAAAAGCUGUAUAGAUUCAUGGUUUGAAGUGAACAGAUCUUGCCCAGAGCAUCCUUCUGAUUGACCUGCCAGGCAUGCUUGCUGACUUCUUUCUAAGGGCACCUUGCUAUACCUGCCAUCCAUCCUGUCCCCUUCCCACCCAACCCAUCCAGAAUUUUGGGCUGACUUUAAUUCCUCAAAAAUCAGAAACUUGAAUCCACUUGAACAUCAUUUUUGUUUUAUUUGGGGGUUUUUUGUUUCAUUUUAUUUUGUUUUUUUUUUAACUUAAAGGAAAAAUAUAUACAGGAGAGACUAUCGUAAAAACAGAGCUGCCUGCUCUCUGUACAUUCACCUCCACAGCUGAUGACACAGGGAGAGAAGAACUUAAAAAGCAAGGAAGAGAAAGUGGAAACAAAUGCUGACUUGCAACUCUGAAAUUAGGUUGUCAUGAUGUUUGGCUCUAGGGCAAAAGGAAAGCUGACCCACAGCAGAGCUGUUGAGGGACGACUGGCCAAACGGAGCACGAUUUAUUUAUUACUAUGAAAACCCAGACAAAUGCCUGUAUCCUAAGAGAACACCUCCAAGGAGGGGCAGGACGAGUGAGCACUGCAGCCAGGAGCCCCUCUCACUUUUGCACUGACUAAGGAAUUUUUUUCCCUUUGAGGACACCAAGCUGUAACUGGCAGAGUCUGACAGGAAGGAAAAGAUCCCCACAGAGGAAUGGGGCUGCUUCUCACGUUCAAGAGGCAUUGUAGGUUUGUCUUUAAAGUGUUUACAAAAAAAAAAAUAGUGUUGACCGGUGUGUGUUUCCUUUUUUUUUUGUUUUUUUGGGGGGGGGGGUUUGGCUUUUUUCUUCCCCAGUGAUGUUUACAGAGUGACUGCUCCAAGUUGGCUAUAACCACUCAGUGACUGAAGGUAGCCAGAUACCACACGACUUUCUUCCUGUUUCCCUUCUGCUGUCAUGACUCCUAGUUGCCAAAAGACACCCAUUGUCCACUGCCCGUUUCUUUUGAUCAGUCUCCACUUAACCUUCCUCUCCUUUUUUGUGUGUGUGUAUAAGGGGGGGAAGUUGCAUUACAGUUUGAAAGCUCUAAGGUCACAAGUGUCCUGCAAAGACGCCUAUCCUUUUUAUUAGAUCCAUGUGGAUUUUUUUUCCAGGAAAAAAAAAAUUAUUAAAGCAACACCCCCCCACAUGCAUGCGCUGUGGAGGAGCGCAGAGGUGGGGGGGGAACGUUUUAGCCAUUGUGUCCCCUGCAGGAAGGGUUUCUGUAUUUAUAUAUUAAAAUUAAAACUUAAAAAAAAAGUUCAAAGCUUGGGGGGAAAAGGUUUCUUCAUUAGUCAAGGUGUUUUGAUAUGGUAUUAAAAUAAUGUUCAAUAAAAUAUUCACUGUUAUUUUA